CGGAGAUGUUCACCUACGCCACUGGACAAACCACAGUUUGAUUUCCAUAUCUAGACCGCAGAGUAACAACACCAUGGCCAGCUUUCAGCGUGAUUGCGCUCCUCUACACCGAGGAUAUUCUCCACCUUGCAGGCCACCAGGAUGACAGACCUCGAAGCAAAUAAUGAAAAUACACCGCUUCUCCAUCAAAGCCGCUUAGCGCAGCUUCAGCAUGACCAGGAUGAAGAAGCACAGUCUGCCCUCUCGUCUGCAGUAACGAAAGAUGAACAGCAACUAGCUGGAAGCACGGUUGGAGAACGUUUGCCAUACAACGACUACACUACGAUUGACUGGUUGCAUGAUUUGGUCAAGGACUCAUACCGCUUCCGCUACAUCCAAUCCCGACGGGGUUUACGCUAUACACUUCUCUCCCUUUUCGACGCCUGUUCAGGAUGGAUCGCCGUUGUGUUGAUCGGUGCACUCACCGCGUGCGUCGCUUUCGUGGUCGAUGUCGCUGUCGCAACGGUGUCAGACUGGAAACUGGGGUACUGCGCCAGCAAUCCAUUCAAGAACCGCGAAGCUUGUUGUGCGCACGAGAAUUCGCCGCUACUUUUGGUAAUUAGCCAGGAGCCAAGAUUAGGGGAGUGUGAAGCGUGGCACGCAUGGACGGACAGCUAUUAUGCCAGCUUCGCAGUCUACGUGGGGAUGGCACUGGUCUUUGGUGUGAUUGGUUCAAGCGCGACUAUGUUGACCAAGAGCUCGCUGCCUUCUGUAUCAACAGGCGAACAGCAAUCGUCAACAACAAUCAAGCCCAAUGGUGCUGACAUGUCAGAUGGCAGGUCUAGCCCAGCAACCGAUGUCUCAGGAGGAAAAGUCAUGUACAUGGCUGCAGGCUCGGGCAUCCCCGAGAUCAAGACGAUCCUAUCUGGCUUCAAUAUCCCGUCAUUUCUCUCUUUCCCCGUUCUGGCCGUCAAAGCAUUCGGCGCCAUCUUUGCCGUAUCGACUGGCAUGUGUCUCGGCAAGGAAGGACCCUUCGUCCACAUCUCAACAUGCGUAGGCUACCUCGUCGGCAUGCUAUUCCCAAAGUACCGCGACAACGGCCGCAAGAUGCGCGAACUGCUCAGCGCAGCAUGCUCCAGCGGCCUAAGCGUAGCCUUCGGUGCCCCAAUUGGCGGCGUCCUCUUCAGCUACGAAGAAAUCAGCACGUACUUUCCGCGAAAAGUGCUCUGGCGAGCUUUCCUAUGCAGUCUGACUGCCGCAAUGGUACUCAAAGAACUAAACCCGACCGGAACAGGCAAGUUAGUGCUCUUCGAAACGAGCUAUGGCACAGACUACAAACCAGUACACUACCUUGUCUUUGUGCUCUUGGGCGUCGCGGGAGGAAUCUUCGGCGGCCUGUUCUGCAAGCUGAAUUUCCUGUGGUCGAAAUGGUUCAGGAGCUUUGCACUUAUCAAGAAGAAUCCCGUCUUGGAAGUUUUCCUCGUCGUCCUUGCUACUGCACUCCUCCAAUUCCCCAACCCAUUGACGCGAGAACCAGGCGACGUUGUUAUCAAGAACCUCCUCGUAGACUGCAACGACAAGGGCACGUCGCAGCACUCUUUGGUGUGCAAGAACGAGCUGUCUGACGAGACGAGUUGGCUAUACGUCGGCUACCUCAUAUACGGUACGUUGGCCAAGUUGGUUCUUACGACUGUUACCUUUGGUAUCAAAGUCCCAUCUGGGGUUAUUAUACCGGCGUUAGACGCAGGCGCCUUUUUCGGCCGCCUGGUUGGCCAACUCAUCCCAUCGAUUAGCCCCGGCAUAUUUGCCAUGGUCGGCGCAGCUGCUUUCCUCGCCGGCGUGUCGCGCAUGACGAUAUCCCUUGCGGUCAUCAUGUUCGAACUCACCGGGCAGUUAGCAUACGUGGUUCCGCACAUGUUAGCCAUCCUAGUGGCAAAAUGGGUCGCCGAUGCCAUCUCGGAGGAAGGUGUGUACGACCUUGCGCAGACCGUCUUGGGCCAUCCCUUUCUCGAUCCCGAUGUUGCCAUUCAGAUUGUUAGGAAGAGGAAGAUGUGCACCGAAGUGCUCAUUCCGCCAAAGAGGACAAUGGAUGAAAUCACCGUCCUUGUUCCCCUUACAAACAAAGUCGCAUACACGCUGCUGAAGGAGAAGUUGGCCAAGUUGAAGGAAAGGGGCCUGAUGGACGCUGGUCUCGUCCUCGUUCAAUGCCAUGGAGCGUCCAAUGUCCCCAUACUGCAAGGCUAUAUAUCCCAGUCAGAGCUCGAGUUUGGGCUUACGAGACUUGUUCCAGCUGCAAUACCAGGACAGGCGGACUUUCAGAUCAGGCUCUUAGGACACGAAGUAGAUGAUCUGCCAUCGCCAGACACUCUUGAGGUCGACCUCACGCCUUUUGUUGAUCGGACGCCGCUGAGUCUAUGUGCGAAAGCGCCGCUGGAGUACGCGGUUGAAAUGUUUUCGAAGCUGGGGUUAAGGUAUCUGUGUGUGACGGAAGAAGGAACCGGAAGGUUGGUAGGCGUCAUUAUCAAGAAGAGACUAGUUGGGUACCUCGAGCAACUUAGGGAACAUGGUGCAACAGACGAAUGAUAGCUAGCCAGGUGGAAGUAUUAGUAACACAGAUAUUCAUCACAACCAUCAGCAUGCAAGCAUUGUGGUGAACAAUCAUGGAUUAUAGAACUUAUCGCUAACAAGAGUUUCGCUUCCUCUACGCUUCGAGAUGGCUAUGCUGCAAUUGACAACGCACAGAAGCAGACGCAACAAAUCGCUUCUACCUCCAGUACGUCCCAUCAAAUACAAUCAUGUCUCUCCAAAGCACGAAUUGUAAUGUUGACAUUGUCCGCCGUG